AUACAUACCAUUUUAUAAGAUGUUUAGUAAAGUCAUUAAAUCCAGCCUGAUAGCUUGAGCGAUUGUAUUACAGCUCAAACGUGAUAUAGAUUAUAUGAUUAGCGAUGGUUUUGAUUUUUUUCAUCAAAUAUUUUGAAUGGGGAUAAGUAUUACCUGAUUUGGUGAAGAUAAUAAAACAAUGGAGUAGAAAAGUUGAUGGAUCCUGAUAAUAUUAAAAGGAAAAAGGAAGACGAGGUGGGCAACAAAACAAGAGUAGAAGCUGCAUGAUUGUGAUGGAUGUUUCACGAACCAUAUUAUAUAUUAUCUUAUCUGUUUCACAUCUUACUAGUAAAGUUCCUUUUUCAUAUUUGACAUGUGAGAUCAAUCAUGAAGAUGCAAACCACCAACCCAUGAUUUAUUACUUCAAAGAAAAUAAUUGUGACAUUAAUAUUUGGAAAUGUAUAACGUCCGAGUACCAUCAAAAUUUCUAACCAAAUACAGACUUUUAAUACUGACAUUUUUCUUGAUCACUGUAGAAAAAUAUUGAAGAUAGAUAGAUUUAUAAAUAAACAUUUAUAUCUCUAUAAUUAAUUAAUAUGAACUUAUGAUUUAGAUUUGAGGGUUGACAUUUAUGAUUUCUUUUAAAAAUUAUUACUUAAAAUUCAAAAAUAUUUUUUUUAAAAUAGUUUCAAAAAGAAUUUUUAGAUUUCAAAACCGAAAUUUGAAAAAAACGAAAAAAGAAAUGAAUAAAAAUUUGAAUUGAAAACAUAUUAUUCAAAAAUAAUAAUAUUGUUUUCUACUAUUUAUUUAAAUAAUUUUUUUUUAUAUUUAUAUAUUAAUAAAAUAGAAGUUGAAAAGUCUUUUACCUCUUUAAUAAAAAAAAUUGAUAAUUUUUCUCCUUGUUGUUCUUUUGUUGAAAACUCAUUUUAGUAUCUUUUUGAUAGAAUUAACCAAAAAAGUAGUUAAAAUCCGAACGUGUUCAAAAAUUUGGUAUCUAAAAAACCGGAACAGAAUCUGAUCCGAACCAAAAUAUUUCGAGUAUCUAAAUAUAUCCAAAUGAGAUUUAUAUACUUAAAUAUAUUAGUUAUUUUUAUUUAAUAUCCGAAUUAUAUAAGCUAUUUUGAAGUUGUCCACACUAUUGAAAAUAUAUAUUAAUAGUCAAAAUUAAAUAUCUAAAAUUGUUACACAAUACUCAAAACAAUAAAAAAUACUUAGAAUAACUAAUAAUUUUUCAUCCGAAUAUUCAAGCCAAACCAAUUUUAUAUGAAGUUUAAGUAUUUUAGAAUAUGUUACUCAAACUUAUAUGGUAUAGAUUUUGGAAUUUUUUAAAUAUAUAUAAACUUUAAUUUUUUAAAAAAUAAUUAAAAUGGAUUAUCAGAACCCGUACUAAAAUCCAAAUCAAGCUCGAACCAAAUUUUAUAAAUACCUAAAUAAAACUGAAAUAUUUAAUUACAAAAAUUUAAAAUCCGAAUAGCUCCGAACCAAAUCCGAAUGAGUACGUGAAUGCAUAUCCCUAAGGAAACUAAUAGAGAGGGAUAUAUUUGAUUAUGAUUAUACUAGUGGCUGAUAUCUUUUAAUUUGGGAAGUUACAUUGCCCGAGCUGUUGAACGACAAAUGGGCCUGGCUAGAGCCGAAACAGUCGACGGAAUAAUUUAUGUCAUGGGUAUGAAUUUUGAGCCCUUCAUGUUAGCAUGUGCUUUUUUUUUGACAAAAGAUCUUAGCAUGUGUUUGUUUCUAAAAUUUGAAACGUAAAAGACACUCGGAAUAACCAAAGCAAAAUAAAGUACACAUUACCGGUUUUAGGUAUACUCGGAUGAAAUAUUUGCUUUAAUCCCUAAAUUUUAAAACACUGAUAUUUAUAGAUCCAAACUAUAUGUAAUCAAAUACUUUUUUUAUUUAUUAAUAUUAACCUAAAAAUGUUUGAAUUUUAAAUUUCAGAUCCGGUAUUGGAAAUACAAAUGCCAUCCAACUAAUAUAACAAUCGAAAAACCCGACAAUAUGUAAGAAAACGAUAUGGAAUUCAUCAUUUGUUAAAAUUUGAGGUAUAUUUGAAGUUUUUGGCUCUUUUUUACCAGUUCGUUAGAAAUGACAUGAUUUUUAAAAAAUUAACUUGUCUAAAAAAUAAGUGAGGAAACUUUACAGUCAAGACCGAUUAUCAUUUUAUCAUCAAUCGUUCUACUGAUUUAGUGGAAUGUUCUCCUCCUCUAGCGCAACAUCAUGAUCUAGCAAAGACAGCUUGGAAAGUAGACACUGCUCCCAAAAUAAAACAUUUUCUGUGGAGGUUAUUAUCGAAGGUCCUACCUUUGAUGGAAAAUCUACGUCAUCGUCAUGUUGUGGCCAACUCCCAAUAUUUUAGGUGUUGUCAGCAUUCAGAAUCAACAAAUGACGUGUUCUUUACUUGUAAUUAUGCUCAAGGCGUUUGGAGACUUUCAGGAAUGCCAUAAGUCCUACUAAUCGAUGAAACUGUUGCUGUCACAGAUAAACUCCGGUUCAUUAUCAACUUUGCUAAUGAUCAAUCUCUCCCUCAUGAAAUCCGUCUUCAACCAAUUUGGAUUUUCUGGCGUCUCUGAAAAGCAAGAAACGAACUACUCUAUGCACAGAAGGUCUUGACGGAACAACUGCUGUUACAACGAGCUCAAAACGAUGUGAAGGAAUGGAUUCAAAUCACAGGACACAAAUUUCAGGUACAACAAACUACCAGUCCAUCAACAUUGUCCUCGAAAUGGAAAAUCCGCCAUUAGGUUGGGUAAAAUGUAACUUUGACGUUGCUCAUCGUGAAGGUAAUAUUCCUUCUCGUCUAGGAUGGAUUAUACGGGGACUUUCCUAAAUAGUGGUAAUGGUGUUUUUGAGGGUCGAACAACAGUUAAAGAAGCAGAAUGUUCCUCCUUAUUAUGGGCUAUACAAUGUUGUUGGGGUUUAGGAUAUCAGCAUGUCAUAUUCGAAGGAGACAACCUUGGCAUUAUGCAGCUCAUAAGUUCGGAAGAUAUCAACAUUAAACUUCAGUCCAUUUCUCAUACGAUUAAUGCUUGGAAAAGUUGUUUUUCUGGGAUCAAAUUUACUCACCAAAAUAGAGAUGGAAAUCGAUGUGAUGAUGUUUUUGCCAAGGCAGAUGCUGUCCAUCUUUUCUUAAACACCGCUACUAAGCCUUCUAAUAUUUCUCAUUCUUGUCCAUCUUAUCUUCAACACAUUGUAAUAACAGAUGCUUAUUAAUAAAAUUUUGGCCGACAAACAAAAAAAAAGAAUAAGUGAGGAAACAGCUUGUCUUAAGUUCCAUAAUUUAUUUUGAAUUUGUUUAGGGUUUAUGAUUUGUUUGUAUGUUAUAGGACUAUACCCUGACUUUUCAAAGACCCGAGCUUGUUUCCUCACUUAUUGGUAUACCCUAAAUAACAUUUAUGUCCAUAUAAAACAAAAAUUACGAAGCGCAUCUCCAGCACUAUUUCAUUUUAUAUUUCAGACAUCACUUUGGAGUAAAAUAUGUUCCAACUCCACUCUAUUUUCAACUCCAAAAUGAAGUAAUGACUAGGAUUACUCCAUUAGUAAUCCUACAUUUACUCCAUUUUGGAGUUGAACUUUUUUAUUUAUAGAAUGCUCUUCUAAAUUUUGAAUGCAUUUAUUUUUCAUAUUUAUAUCAUAUAUGAAAAUAGUAUAAAAUAAAUAUAAUAUUUCAUAAGAGAUUAUUUAAUAAUUUUACAUAAAAUUACAUAAACUAAUAAAAAUAUCAAACUAAACCUUAUAUAUAUUAUAAAUAUAACAUAAAAUAAGUGAUUUAACAAUCCGUUGAAUCAUUUAUGGAAUUUCCUGAGUAUUUUCCAAACGAUGAAAAUGUUUGAUUUUAAAAUUUUCUUGCCCAAUUUAAGAAAAUCAUGGAUAAAGAAACUCAUUAUUCAUUUUGAAAUGAAUUAGUUGAACAUUUGUGAGAAAAAUAUUCAAAUACUCAUUAUCGAACCAAAAUAUUUUAUCAUAUAUAUAUAUAUAUAUAUGAUUUAUUGUAACUUUAAUAAGAAAUAUUUAAUUUAAAUAAAUUAUAUUUUGUGGAUGUUUUAUAAACAUAAGAUAUUUAAGGGUUAAUUGGUAAGUUUUGUAAGUAGAAGGUGUUAGUAACAAUUAUUAAUUAAUUAAAAGUACAAUUUUUUUAGAAUAAUCAUUUUUGGAGUGAAAAUUGAGUAAUACAUUAGAGUAAAACUCUAUUUUAUUUUGGUAUUGCGCUAUUUUAGAGUAAAAUAUAGAAUAAUACAUUGGAGAUAUUCUUACCUGGCCUCGUUUGUAUCUCGUUCUUUUUUAUAAUUUUGUAAAUGAUUUUUGUAAAAGACAAUGACAAUAGUUUAAUUAUAUAUUUGCCAACACAAAUGGUUACGUUUGAAAAACAAAUAGCUACUCUUAAAAAAAAAAAAAACUACUCUUUUUCAUUACUAAAAACAUGUAAUAUAGUUGGCAUAUUGCACUGUGGAAGCAAGCAUGUUAUGAGUCUUAUGGCUAAUGAGACACAUGUGGAUACAGUUUGCUUAGUCCCACCUAAAGUAUUUCUACACGCAUUAGAUACUAGAUGCAGAGAAUAGAGAUUGUUAGACAUACGAAUUGAGAAGUGGUACACCAUGUUGGUGAAAGGCAAAUGGGGAAAUAUAAAACGUGGACAAAUGAGAUGUAGAUAAGUGUUUUGUCUACAGCUAUGAAAAAAAAUAAAGCAAAAUAGCUUUUGAGUUUUCAUGGCUUUCGGAACUCGAGAUGUCCCUAACUAGUUUUCUUCUUUCCCAUCAUCCGUUUUUAAUUGUUCAAAAUUCUUUCACAUCAUCAUCUUCCAAUUUCCGUUCUUUUUCUUGUUUAUUUGUUUGUUUGUUUUAACUCUUAUAUACACGUACAAGUACAAUGCCAAAUUUUAUCACGUGCGAAAGAAUCCAAGGAAUAGUUACUUACUUGUGUUGUCGAUUCACUGCUAAUGUAUAGAACGGGGGAAAAGUUCAAAGUUUAUUUCUAAAACUGAAAUUUUACAUAGUAUUUAUUUCUUUACGAUCAUCUUUUUGCAAUUUUCUUCACGAACAUUUUAACAGUGGUUAAGUUGCAUAGAAUCUUGCAUAAAACGGGAAGCGGAUACUCGAAAGCAGAAUCGCAAAAAUAUUUAAAAAAAAAACAAAAUAGAAAACAGAUAUGUGUUGGAAGCUAGAGUAUAUCCAUAUAUAUAUAUAUAACAUUAAAAUGAGUUUAUAAAAAUUAUGACUAAAGAUAUGUGAUUCAAAAUAAAAUCACUUAUUCAUUUUUAAUAAUUUUAUUCCAUUUAAUUGACUUCAUAUUUUAGUUAUAAAAAUAAUAAUAGGUGUCUGCAAAAUCUCUUAUAAAAAUUAUAAUGCACAAAAUAAUUUAUAGUAUUAGUUUUGAUAUAUGCAUAUUUUGUAUUUUCUCUAUUUAAUACUAUUAAUUUGGAUCUUAUAUGAAAUAAAAACAUAAUUUUAUUUUCUUGCUUAUUCAUCACACUGAAUUUUUAAGAUGGAAGCGUGAUUUCUAAAUGAAUUUCAAGCUUCCAACGUGUUUUAAAAACAGUAUUUUUAAAAACUUAUUGAAUCUUUUAGGAACUUCCACGAGUUUCCAAUUUCGAUUCUGGUUCCGAAGCACGAAACGCACGUCUAAUGAAGCUUCUAUGCUACCUAGCUGCUUACAUCAACAACAAAAACAUUUUAACACUGCUUAAUUUAUCAAACUAAAUAUAAAUUCAACAGAAGAAAUUUAUUUAUAUUAGUAGUGUAAAAAUAUAAAUAUAAUAAAAAUGGAUUUUUAAAAUUUUCGUUAAGGUAAACUUAAACUCAGUCAAUAGUAACUUAAGCUAUUUGACUAACCGAAUAUUUUGGUUAUAAUACAAAUAGAACAUUAUUUUAACGUAUUCUCUUUUAGACACAUGUUUUUCUGUUUCUAUUGAAACUUCCAAAAUUUUAAAUUUCAGUGGAAGAAAAUAAACUCAACAGUGUAAGUUUCAGUGGAAGAAAAAUAAUAAAUUUGUCCAGCAGAAAAAAAAACAGUUGGGAUUUUAAUUGACAGAAACUGUAUCAUAUGUUAAAAUAAUAUCCACUUCGCUUUGGCUAAGUGGUUAACAUGUUUUCGGUUGAUUUUUCUUUUGUGGAUUCAAUUUCUGUGAAAGAUAAAAAUUUAAUUUAACAAGGUUAAUUUUCUGUAGAACCAGAUUCUCAAUGAAAAUUAAGAAUAUGUUAAUGAUUUUGACAUAAUUCUCACUAAUAUUUAACACUUAUUUUAUCCGAUUAUACCUUUAUUAUUUGUAAAUACUUAGUAAAGAAAGUGAGAGUGAGUGAUAUUGUAUGGACAAAAAUGAAACACAACUAUUUACUAUUACCUUACGUAAUGCAAAACACUUGAUAUACUUAUUUACCACAUAUUUAUGCAUUUAAACAGUAAAAUGGAUGGUUAAAAGUGAAUGGUGCUAUCUUAUAUAAGAAUGACAUGAAUUUGUGCUAUAUGAAAUCAUAUUGAUAGUGCUACAAACAACAUAGAAUACAUAAUCGCAGUUGCUAAAAUAGUAUAAAACUUCAAUUCCAUUCAACUUCUAAAUACUAAACUCUACCCGAAUCCCUAAAUACUAAACCCCAAUUCUCAAUUACUAAAUCUAAAUCCUAAUCACUAAAUUCUAAACCCAAAUAUAAUCUAUAUAAUAUUUUAAAAUAUGUUAUUUUUAUAUAUAAAAUAUAGUAUGGAUCAUCUAUAAAUAGUAUGGAAGAUUUAGUCUAUUCCAUUUACAUUAGUUGAGCACUAAUAUAAAAUAAUACAAAAAGAUAUCGCGUGUUAAAUUCCAAUUGAUCAUAUUUCAGAUGUGAAGGAUUUUGUCAACAAUCUUAUUGAUUAAACAAAUUUUGAAAGUUAAAAAACAAGAAACAAAGGUUGAAGAAGUUGAUCCAAUAGAUGUUAAAAGUGUUUUGGUAUAUAAAACAUAAAAUACGUUGAAUAUCACGGUAACUUCUUUUUAGUUAUUCAGUACAUAAAAUACAUUGCAAUUUUCCUUUAAAAAUAGCUAAACGAUAUCAUCUUAAACGAUGACGCCACGUCAAUUGAUCACGGUCAACAUAUAUUUGAGCACUAUUUCAAAAGUUCAUAUAGUUUUUUAAGAAGUUAUAUUCUGGUCAUACUGAAAUACACAUUGUUAUAUAGUUUGUGAAGGGAAAACAUUACAGAAAAUCAUCCAUUUAAAAAAUUAAAAUAACAUAUUUUAUUUUUUUUAUUUAUUUACUGUGAGUUUUAGUGAGUUUUCCCCUACUAAAACUACUCUUAGGUCCUAAUUUUUUUUGGAUAGUUCUCUUUUAAAGCAGAAAACAUUGCAUCCCAUUAAAAAAGAAAGCCCUAAUCUGAUUAUCACAGGGGAUCGAGUUUAUCUUUUUUGGUGUAAUAUAGUUCGAUCUUUGAUCGACUUUUCUUUUGCGUUGGCGAUUUCUGUUUGUGUUUUCAACCCUAAACUGAUAUGUUCUUCAUAUUCUCUUUUUUUUUAUCGGUUUUGAGGUUGAAUUUAAUAAAUUCGCGUUGGCGAUAUCUCUUCGCUUUAGGCGAUUUUGUUAUGUUAACUUUAAAUCCGAUCUCUUUCCUUCUUUGACAAAUCAAUAUACCGAUCAGUUUAUGGAAGUUCUCAUCUUCUCGAUAGAUAAGCUGGAUCUCUUACUCAGAAAAGGUAUCAAUCUUCGCUUCAUGAUAUUAAGGCGAAGUAUCCUUGAGGAUAGGAGAUCGAGAUGAUUGAUUAAGUGGGGGAGACCUGAUGCAGACUCAGAUUAGCUGGAGUUUUCUCGUUGAAAGCGUUAUGGCGAAGUUUUGUGUCUAUCUCCUUGAAGCUUCUCACCGGAUUUCAUCUCUAGCGCGAAGAUGUGAAAGUUUCCAAGAUCGUCGGCGAACACGGGAAGGAGGAACGGUCAAGCGGUGCAACCAGGCGAAGAAAGAGGUUGAUGGUUCUCGGUCCGGUGGCUUUCCGGCAAAACCAGAGCCGUUCUCUUCGGAUCCAGAAACGUCGAUUGCCACACAAGGGUGCAUGUGCCGAUCAUCCGUCAAAGUUUUAUUAUUAAGAAACACGUGUUUUUCUUGGAUCCUUAUCCUUUGUAUUGGGCUUCGACUGGGCUAAAAAUAUGUAUGGAAAUGGGUUGCAGCCUCUUGUAAGUUUGGGCUUCAGCCCAAUUAAUAAAACUGUUGACAAAAAAAAAACCCCUAAUCUGAUUUUAUCCUGAAUACUUGUUAAUUUGGAGAUGCAACAUAUUUUAUUUGUAACUGGUAAAUUAAGAAAGGAAUACAUGGAACCACACCACACAUAAAUUAAGGAUAUGCUUGAGUACAUGGAGCCGCUAGGGUUUGGCGACUCGAAAAGCGAUUUUGAGAUCUGGUCCCUCACCGCCUCCGACGACUCCGCUCCGGCUCUCUGAAACGCAUCUCUGGCAUCUCGGAGCACAAGGGAGACUACACAACACUCCUUGUGCCCCCCCUCGUUCUCUUCCCGCUGACCUCGUCGCUCUCAUCCUCUGGCUUCUUUGCCAAGUUUAAUAAUAUUCUCACAAGAUUUCCCUUACGUUUAAGGCAAGCUUCAGAAACCGUCUUCUAAAAACCCUAGAGCCUCCUUUCAUCUUAUUUAAACCCCCGCGCCUCACAACUCCGAUCCGCACUGCAACCCCCAUAUCUCUCAGAUCCCGGUUUCCUUUUUUUCUCUAGCUGUUGCUAAGUCUCUCACACUUUAUCAUGAGUCAAUCCUCUCUAAUCCGCAAAGGAGGCCCCUCCAAUGGUGAUCGCAGCAUUCAACGUGCAGAAGACGAGAUCAUCCACAUCCCGGAGUGUGAUCUCAAUGAUGUUAAAGAUCGCUUUCGGCUUACACUCAUAGGGCGGGUCUUCCACAUCCGUGGGAGAAGUAUCGAUGCUCUAAUCAAUCUCCUCCCCCGCCCCCGGAUCUGGAACGUGGAAGGGAAGGUCCGUGGCCUGAAUCUCGGAAACGGCCGCUUCCUGUUUGAUUUUGAUUCCGAGGAGGAUCUACAGAUGGUCUUAAACAAACGUCCAUGUCACUUCAAUCAAUGGAGUUUCGCGUUGGAACGAUGGGAACCCUUCACCAGUGAAUCCUUCCCGAACACGAUCCCUUUCUGGAUCAAUGUUACCGGAGUCCCAGUCCACUUCUGGAAUGAUAAUACUUUCACAAGGAUAGCCAACGCACUCGGUACAAAGCUCCUCGUUGAUGACAAGAAGGCGAGAAUCCAAGUAUCUAUUGACGCUGACAAACCACUGCAAUUUGAACGCAGAAUCGGAUUUCCAAACGGAGAUAUUGGGAAAGUAAUUCUUUCAUACGGCGGUCUCCACCGCUACUGCUUUACUUGCAAGCUCAUCUCCCAUGAUGAAAAUACUUGCCCGCAGUUAUCACCGGAGGAAAGGGAGCUCAAGAGGAAGCAAAGACUUGAAAGCCUCAACCCCAAUGAACAAUCAAGACUCCCUCUUCAAGCUCCUUAUGGCGACAACUCGAGGAACCUGCUAAAGAGACCUCGUUCCCCUCCGAAUGGGAGAUACCUCAGCCCAUCGGAAUCCUUACGACACAGUGAUCUUAACCGUGAGGACAAAAGAAGGAAGAGCACGCUCCCAUCCUACUCAACUCGUGAAGCACGGGACACCGGCCUCCAAACCAGAGAUCGCAAAAGCUCAAGUCGACAGGAUAACCGAUACACACACCAGAGAAGGGAGGUGUGGAGUCGUCUGGAAAGCCCAAUCAGAAAGGGAGGACGCAGCUCUAAUUACUAUCCUCGAAGUUCACCUCGCAACGACAAGACACGGUCAAGCUACAAAUCUCACACUGAAUGGCGACCAAGACGCGGCCAGGAGGAACCAAGGAGCAGAAUUAAUAACAACGCCGUGUCUCACCAAGGAGCGAAUGAUCGCACGGAGAGAUCCCGAGCCAUUGUCGACUCUCAAAAGACAAUUACUGAUAACUGUGCGUCCCUGGAAUCAGGAGAAAUAGUCGCAACCCGAGGUUCAGAAGCUGCAAACGAUAAUGCAGAGGAUAAUGCAGAAGACGAAAGGAUCCGCCGUCUCAAAGGUAAAGCCAUCGCAACAGCCACAAGCCCACCGGCCGUCGUCCGCAGGAACUCCACCCUGAGCAUCAGAGAAAAGGCCACGGAGAAAGCUAUGGAGUCACCUCUAACUAUCCGACAAGCCAAAAGGUACGAAACCCCACAAUUGGAACAAAGAGAAAACCUCUUUGCACUUGAGAACGAAAUAGGCAUUGAUCAGGAUUUAGAUACUCCGUUAACUGAUCUUGAGAUAGCUGAGGUAGAAAAUCUAGUUCUUGAAACGGAACGCCUAGAGAUGGCUGAAAAUAGGCUGGCUGAGAAUAGGCAGGCUGCGAGUAUUGAUGAAAAUAUGUUAGAUAUUGAUAAUGAUGAUCUUCUUGGAGAUUCUCCUGACCAUUAUGCAGAAACAAUUGAGGCAAUAUCCCAACUCUCUCCAGCUAAUGCUGUGUACAAGAAAAGAGUAUCUUCGAGACAGCACUCCACACUCCCCAAGGCUGAUGCAACGCUCCUGACCGCAAAACAGAACGCAUCUGGCGCGUACAUCCCUAAAGGAUUACUGAAGAAGAAGAUCCCCCAUUCUCCCGAAAUAAAAGGAGCGAAAGCAUCAAAGAAACUUCAGGUGCUCAACAUCCGUGCUUCCCCAAAGAAGAAGACUGCACCGGGUUCGGUGGUGUCCCAGAAACCACCCAGUAAGAAGAUAUGAGUGCAAUAGCUUGGAACUGUCAGGGUGCCGGAGCCUAUCUGACAAAGCAACAUCUCCGGGAGCUGCACCGCUGUUUUCUUCCUUCUUUUCUUUUUCUUUCUGAAACAAAAAACAAUUACUCUUUUCUUCAAGAUUUUCAGUUUGAGUUUGGUUAUAAUAAAUUGUUCACCGUGGAACCUGAGGGAAGAAGCGGUGGACUAGCACUUUUUUA